AUGCAAAGUUUUGAUUCGAGCGAUGCUCCUAUCGGAGGACAAGGACGUCAAAUCGGCACAAAGAAAAAGCAAGCAUUACAAAGACAAGCAAGGCUUUUUAAUGUUCCCACAGACAUUUUAUCGAAAAUUCCUGCAAAAAAGACCUCACAACCAACACCGCAACAACAAUCCCCUCAUUUUUCUCCACAGAGCGUUCCAUCUGCCUAUGCUUCAUCGCCUCAAGUUGGUGGCUAUGGUGCACAAUUAGAUCAAACUUCGCAACACUUCAUGUUUGUGAAUUACUCGGACCAUCCCAAGCAACAAAAUCCAAAUACACUUAUCAUCAAUAAUAUGCCAAGAGAUGUUAACGAAGUAAUAGAAGAAAUCAUCAAAUCAAGGCCACCAGCUAAUCCUAUCCCGAAAAGUGAGAUAUCUUUUGUAUGCCCAUUCUCUAUGGUCCCUAUUACAUGCCCUGGCCGUGGCGUAAACUGCCAGCAUGGCCAAUGUUUCGAUUUAAGAGAAUUUUUACUCGCACAAUUAGAUGACAGCUGGGUAUGCCCUAUUUGUGGUCUACCAAUUCCUUACGAACAGUUACGCUUUGAUCCAUUUUUCUUUAAACCUCUUUCAUCGACCACAGUAACUCCAGCUCAAUCUCCUUCACAGGAUCCAAAUCCACAGGCAGAUCCAUGGUCAGACUACUCUGCCAUGCAAUUGUUUUAA